ACCGCAACAGAGUCAGUUUUAUCCGUUAAGUUGUUAUAAGUAUUUAUCAAUUAAAAUGAUGCAAUAUAGCUUAUUAAGUGUGGCCUUUAGGCAAUACAGGCUUUUGGUAAGGCAUCAUGCACAAUUUAUCAAACGUUGUUACAGCUCAGAUAUAAGAAACAUUGGUAUUUUGGCACAUAUUGACGCAGGAAAAACAACAACGACAGAACGUAUGCUCUUUUAUGCGGGCAAGACACGGUCCUUGGGUGAAGUUCACCGCGGCAACACGGUAACGGAUUACCUCACACAAGAGCGCGAACGAGGCAUUACAAUAUGUAGCUCAGCCGUAACGUUUGGCUGGAAUGGUAAGCGUAUUAAUCUGCUGGACACGCCCGGUCAUAUUGACUUUACAAUGGAAGUAGAACAGUCGCUAUAUGCAGUUGAUGGCGUUAUUAUUGUGCUGGACGGCACCGCUGGCGUGGAAGCGCAAACAGUUACCGUUUGGACACAAGCGGACAAACAUAAUCUGCCUCGGCUUGUGUUUGUCAACAAGAUGGAUCGCCCAGAUGCGAAUUUUGAUAAAUGCGUUGACGACUUGAAGGCGAAACUGGAUGCUAAGCCCAUUUGUAUGCAAAUUCCGGCAAAGAAUAUUGACGGACAGUUGGGCAUAUACGAUGUGAUCACAAUGGAGCUCUUGACCUGGCAACAAAAGGAUUUAGGUCGUACUUAUAAUAAACUUAAAUUGGAAGCUUCCGAUGAGCUUCGACAAUUGCAGGACAAGCGCAAUGAGUUGAUUGAUGAGCUAUCUGGAAUUGAUGAUGAACUGGCUGAGGUGGUCAUUAGCACUGAGAGUUUUGACAACAUCAGUAGUGAACUAAUUGUGCGUGCCCUGCGACGCGCAACGUGCAGCCAAAAGGUUGUGCCCGUCCUGUUGGGCUCCGCAUAUAAAAAUAUUGGCAUACAAUGUUUGAUGGAUGCUGUGAAUGCCUAUUUGCCAACACCCGCUGAGCGAAAUCAAAUCUACGAUUGUUUUGGCAAUGAUUUGGCGGGCAAGGUGUUCAAAAUUGUGCACGAUAAACAGCGAGGCCCACUCACUCUGGUGCGCCUGAUACGUGGAGAGCUGAAGCGGGGAAUGCGUGUCCUCUGCUCGCGGGGACAAGCAGAAGUUAUAUCGAAAAUUUAUGAGCCACUGGCUGAUGAAUAUCGAGAGGUGAACUCCAUCCAGGCGGGCGAUGUGGCGAUAUGCUCGGGUCUGAAGUCCACAGUUACUGGGGAUCUGCUUACAACCAGUCACACAUCCUUAAAGAAUGCACAGAAACGUUUUCUACAAAGUCAGGACUCCACGGCUCCCCAAAAAGAUGUUGAUAAUGAUGACGGCGAUGAUGAGCUGGAUGUUAGUCAUGGGCUAUUUUCAUUUGAGCCCAAAAUACCUGAUGCUGUCUACUUUUGUUCUAUCGAGCCGCCCAGCAUAUCAUCGCAAACGGCCAUGGAGCAGGCGCUCAAGCAACUCCAGCGUGAAGAUCCCAGUUUGCGUGUUAGCUACGACUCCGUAACCGGCCAGACAGUGCUUGGUGGCAUGGGGGAACUACAUAUGGACAUUGUCAAGUCACGUCUGCUCACUGAAUAUAAAAUUGAUGUUGAUCUGGGUCCGUUGCAAAUAGCGUACAAGGAGACAAUAGAAGCACCAGCCAUAACGACUUUGAGCGUGGAAAAAGAAAUCGCAGGCAUCAAGCAAAAUGUGAAUAUUACGCUGCAGGUUGUCAAUAAUCAGACCGAGCUUUUCAGUCUAGAUAAAUCACCUGAGAAUUUACCGAAUCUGAAUGCUCUACGUCCUCGACUUCUUCAAGUGGUGCGCAAAGGAGCAACUGCUGCCUUGGAGCGUGGACCACGAGUUGGCGGUGAAGUGGUGGACACUCAGAUUCGUCUCCAUAAUAUCACAGUGGGGCGUGGCACUGCUGAUUCGUUUGUCAUGGCUGCGGCGGCACAGUGCGUACAAAAGCUCCUCACCACAAGCGGCACACGGCUAUUAGAGCCUAUCAUGUCCAUUCAAAUUGUAGCGCCCAAUGAGCGUAUAUCGGGAAUUAUAGCUGAUUUGUCAAGGCGUCGCGCAAUUAUAAAAGAUGUCGCGCCCAAAGGCGAGAGGAAUAAGUUGAUAUUUGUGAAUGCUCCGCUGGCCGAGCUAUUCGGCUAUUCCAGUGCACUGCGUACGAUCAGCUCCGGCACGGCCAGCAUGACAAUGCAGCCAUGCGGCUUCUCAGAAAUGAAUCCCCUAGAUGAGUCGAUAGCUGUGCGUCGAGCUCAGGGAUUGGAAUGACAUAAUGCCUCACUAAUGGUUACCUAGUUUUAAUUAACAUACUUCCCAACAAAUGUUAUGCCCAGUAGCAAA